GAACACCUGGAUUGACUCUGCUCCCAUUCCUUGUCCCUGUGCCAGCACUUCCUGUUUUUAAAGAUCCUGUUUACUGUCUGCGGUCCAAAUAUCCCAGGAAGGUGGGAGGAUGGGAAGAAACAUGUAAAGAAAACUAAACAACGUUAUUUAAGGCUUGCACGUACGAAUCACUGCUUGAAGAGCUGGGAGUACAAAGUUAUCUCAAGACUUAAAAAUGCCUCCGCGGCCGUCAUCUGGUGAACUAUGGGGCAUCCACUUGAUGCCCCCGAGGAUCCUUGUGGAAUGCCUCCUCCCAAAUGGAAUGAUAGUGACACUAGAAUGCCUCCGUGAGGCCACCUUACUGACUAUUAAACAUGAACUCUUUAAAGAAGCAAGGAAAUACCCUCUCUAUCAGCUCCUUCAGGACGAAUCUUCUUACAUUUUUGUAAGUGUUACGCAAGAAGCGGAAAGAGAAGAAUUUUUUGAUGAAACGCGGAGACUUUGUGACCUGCGACUGUUUCAGCCUUUUUUAAAAGUUAUUGAACCAGUAGGUAACAGAGAAGAAAAGAUUCUUAAUAGAGAAAUAGGUUUUGCUAUUGGCAUGCCUGUCUGUGAAUUCGACAUGGUCAAGGAUCCAGAAGUACAAGACUUCAGGAGAAACAUUCUCAAUGUUUGUAAAGAAGCAGUGGAUCUUCGAGAUGCCAAUGCACCGCACAGCAGAGCACUGUACGUCUACCCUCCAAACGUAGAGUCUUCAGCUGAACUACCCAAACACAUAUACAAUAAACUAGACAAAGGGCAAAUUAUAGUGGUGAUAUGGGUAAUAGUGUCACCAAACAAUGAUAAGCAGAAAUACACCUUAAAAAUCAACCAUGACUGUGUGCCUGAGCAAGUUAUUGCUGAAGCAAUUAGGAAGAAAACACGAAGCAUGUUGCUGUCAUCUGAACAACUGAAACUUUGUGUCUUGGAGUACCAGGGCAAAUACAUUUUAAAAGUGUGUGGCUGCGAUGAAUACUUGCUAGAAAAAUGUCCACUGAGCCAGUACAAGUACAUAAGAAGCUGCAUAAUGCUGGGUCGGAUGCCCAACCUGAUGCUGAUGGCCAAGGAAAGCCUGUACACCCAGCUGCCCCUGGACACCUUCACAAUGCCAUCCUACUCCAGGAGGAUCUCCACAGCUACACCCUACAUGAACGGAGAGGCUACAACCAAAUCCCUCUGGACUAUAAACAGUGCUCUCAGAAUAAGAAUCCUCUGUGCAACCUAUGUAAAUGUGAACAUUAGAGACAUAGACAAGAUCUAUGUUAGAACAGGUAUCUACCAUGGUGGGGAACCUUUGUGUGACAAUGUGAAUACUCAGAGGGUACCUUGUUCUAAUCCCAGAUGGAAUGAAUGGCUGUUGUAUGACAUGUACAUUCCUGAUCUCCCACGUGCUGCUCGGCUCUGCCUCUCGAUCUGCUCUGUUAAAGGCCGGAAGGGAGCGAAGGAGGAGCACUGUCCAUUGGCUUGGGGAAAUAUAAACAUGUUCGAUUACACAGACACUCUUGUAUCUGGGAAAAUGGCUUUGAAUCUCUGGGCAGUACCUCAUGGGCUGGAGGAUUUGUUGAAUCCUAUUGGUGUUACUGGAUCAAAUCCAAAUAAGGAAACCCCAUGUUUAGAGCUGGAGUUUGAUUGGUUCAGCAAUCCUGUGAAGUUUCCAGAUAUGGCAGUGAUAGAAGAACACGCCAACUGGACAAUAUCACGGGAAUUGGGAUUCAACUACAGCUACGCAGGGCAGAGUAACAGAAUAGCCAGAGACAGCGAAUUGACAGAGAGUGACAAGGAGCAGUUGCGAGCCAUCUGUACACGAGACCCUCUGUCUGAAAUCACUGAGCAAGAGAAGGACUUCCUCUGGAGACACAGACACUAUUGUGUGAAUACUCCAGAAAUUCUGCCCAAGUUACUUUUGUCUGUUAAAUGGAACUCUAGAGAUGAAGUGGCCCAGAUGUACUGUUUGGUAAAAGAUUGGCCUUCAAUCAAGCCAGAGCAAGCAAUGGAGCUCUUGGACUGUAAUUAUCCAGAUCCAAUGGUGCGAGCUUUUGCAGUUCGGUGCCUGGAGAAGUCCCUGACAGAUGACAAACUGUCUCAGUAUCUAAUCCAGCUGGUACAGGUUCUGAAAUACGAACAGUAUUUAGAUAAUCAGCUUGUGAGAUUUUUACUCAAGAAAGCACUGACCAAUCAAAGGAUAGGACACUUCUUCUUUUGGCAUCUGAAGUCUGAAAUGCACAAUAAAACUGUCAGUCAGAGGUUUGGGUUACUUCUGGAGUCCUACUGUCGAGCGUGUGGAAUGUACCUAAAGCAUCUGAGCAGGCAGGUGGAGGCUAUGGAGAAGUUGAUCAACCUCACAGAUAUUCUCAAGCAGGAGAAAAAAGAUGAGACCCAGAAGGUACAGAUGAAGUUCCUGGUUGAACAGAUGAGACGGCCAGACUUCAUGGAUGCUUUGCAAGGUUUUAUCUCUCCUCUCAACCCUGCGCAUCAGCUGGGAAAUCUUCGGCUGGACGAGUGCAGGAUAAUGUCAUCUGCAAAAAGGCCACUGUGGUUGAACUGGGAAAACCCAGAUAUUAUGUCUGAAUUGUUAUUUCAGAACAAUGAGAUAAUAUUUAAAAAUGGAGAUGACUUGCGUCAGGACAUGCUGACACUUCAGAUAAUUAGAAUUAUGGAAAACAUCUGGCAAAAUCAGGGUCUUGACCUUCGGAUGUUGCCCUAUGGCUGUUUGUCAAUUGGUGACUGUGUGGGACUCAUCGAGGUCGUGAGGAGCUCUCACACGAUCAUGCAGAUUCAGUGUAAAGGAGGCUUAAAAGGAGCACUACAGUUCAACAGCCAUACAUUGCACCAGUGGCUCAAGGACAAGAACAAAGGAGACAUGUAUGAUGCAGCUAUUGACUUGUUUACACGUUCUUGUGCCGGCUACUGUGUUGCCACCUUUAUCCUGGGCAUUGGUGAUCGCCACAACAGUAACAUCAUGGUCAAAGAUGAUGGACAACUGUUUCACAUUGACUUUGGGCACUUCCUCGAUCACAAGAAGAAGAAAUUUGGUUAUAAAAGAGAGCGUGUGCCAUUUGUCUUAACACAAGACUUCCUAAUAGUGAUUAGUAAAGGAGCCCAAGAAUGUACCAAAACAAGGGAGUUUGAAAGGUUUCAGGAGAUGUGCUAUAAAGCUUACCUAGCAAUUCGGCAGCAUGCCAAUCUCUUCAUCAACCUUUUCUCCAUGAUGCUUGGCUCAGGAAUGCCAGAACUGCAGUCCUUUGAUGACAUUGCUUACAUUCGAAAGACCCUUGCAUUGGACAAAACUGAGCAGGAGGCUCUGGAGUACUUCAUGAAGCAGAUGAAUGAUGCUCACCAUGGUGGCUGGACAACAAAAAUGGACUGGAUCUUCCACACAAUAAAGCAACAUGCUUUGAACUGAACAGACAGCAGAGAAAACGAGAACUGAUACCCCGCUUUGUGGGUACUGCACUGUUAAUACCCGUUAGCAGCAAAGACUGGUUGCAUAGGAAUUGCACAAACCAUGAACAACACUAGAAUUUAUGCCAAGAAAAGAGAUUAAUUGUUCAGACAACUGUCGGAAAAUAAUGUAAAACAGGGUUUCAGAUAGCACUAAAAUUGUACACUUCAAAAAUUAAGCUUUAGUAUGAUGUAUGCAGAGAGACCUCGACAAAUUAGAGAGGUGGGCGAUCACCGUGUGAAGUUUAACAAGGGCAAGUGCCAGAUUCUGCACCUGGGAUGGGGCAACCCUGGCUGUGUGUAAAGACUGGGAAAUGAGGCUGGAGAGCAGCUGUGGAAAGGGACCUGAGGGUCCUGGUCGAUGGCAAGUUGGAUGUGAGUUAGCAGUGCCCUGGCAGCCAGGAGGGCCAGCCGUGUCCUGGGAGGCAUCAAGCAAAGCAUCGCCAUCCGGCUGUGGGAGUGGAUUGUCCUGCUCUGCUCUGCACUGGGGCGGCCUCACCUUGAGUUCUGUGUGCAGUUUGGGGCACUACAGUAUUAAAAAAAGACAUUAAGCUGUUAGAGAGCUUCCAAAGGAGGGCCAUGAAGAUGGUAAAGGGUCUGGAGGGGAAGCUGUGUGAGGAGCAGCUGAAGUCACUUGGUUUGUUCAGCCUGGAGAAGAGGAGGCUUAGGGGAGACCUCAUUGCAGUUACAGCUUCCUCAUGAUGGGGAGAGGAACAGACACUGAUCUCUGUUCUGUGGUGACCAGUGACAGGACUCGAGGAAAUGGCAUGAAGCUGAGUCAGGGGAGGUUUAGGUUGGAUAUCGGGAAAAGGUUUUUCACACAAGGAGUGGAUGGGCACUGGAACAGGCUACCCAGGGAAGUGGUCUCAGCACCAAGCCUGACAGAGUUCAAGAAGCAUUUGGACAACAUUCUCAGGCACAUGGUGUGACUCUUGGAGUGCCCUGUGCAGAGCUAGGAGUUGGAAUUGAUGAUCCUUGUGGGUCCCUUCCAACUCAGCAUAUUGUAUGAUUCUAUGAUUCAUGUUAUGCCUUAAGCCCAAAAAGGUAAACUUGGAAGAAUGUUUCCUUUUUUCAUUUGACAGGAUGAAUUAGACGGAAAAAGAAAAUAGUUCUAACAUGAACAUAAGAGUCCUAUGAGUUAUUAUUUUAGAUCUGGUACAGCAUGGUAGAGACUAUGCUGGAUCGAGAAGAGUGGAAAUAGAAUUCAAGUGGUAGCAAAUACUUAAAUGCAGCAUAGUUUGAAGAGAAGGAGUUUCAAGCUCAACGAUCUAAAAACAAUAGUGAGAGGACAGUGCCUUUUAAAUGUGCUCAGAGGCAUUAACAUUUGCGGGGUUCAGGUGACCCUUUGAUUUCUGGGUCCGUCAUCUGCACAGUUUCUGAAAGCAGUAGGAAAUAGGCCCACUCAGUAUGGUGUUUCUUCUGCUCAGUAUUUCUAGGGGUGCAAUUCAUACCUUCACAAAGAAACUCCCUAUCAUCCCCAAAAACUGACUAACCAGGAAAUUGAAUGGUCAGAAUUGGGUUUAGUGCAACAGAGAGCUGUAGUGUUCAUCUUAGGUUUGCUUUAAUCUAACUUGAACUGAAUAGAUUUUUUUCAUACAUGUUUUCCAGAACCUAAAGAAAGGUGAGUUAUUAAAAUUAUUGAAAGAUUAUUUUUUUAUAAAGGCUAUUUAUGUAAUAGGAACUAUUAUUAAUAUAUAUUCUUUAUUUACAUGAUUUGUCCCAUAUUCACUCUUUUAAUUUUGCAGCCCAGUUAGUUCUUAUCUGUCCAAGACUCCUGUUUUCAUUAAUGUCACUUAAGGUUACCAGAUAUACUCCUCAGACCAAAUUCAGCCCUAGUGAAAGAGGACACAAGUACCAGUGAAGCAGUGGGGGAUACACCCACUAAUGCCAGAGGUAAACUUGGCCUAAGUCUGUUAAAAAAUUUGGGGAAUCACUCUUCAUAUUAUGGAAGUGAUAUGCUGGCUAUUCAAAGAAAGUACAUUUAAACCCUCCAUUUUUGGGUCUACCAUUUCUCCUCUUUCUUCCUCCUUUGGAAGUGGUUGUUGAAUCCAGUAAGAUACAUCAGAAACAGCAAUUUAGAUUUUCAAUAUGAUCAAUAAUAAGCAGUUCAACAUGCAGCAGAUAUGUUGGCUAGCUCAAAGCAUGUGGAGUUACCAAACAUUUUAUAGCUUUGUCUGUUUUGUGCCUGUGUGUAAUAUAUAUUUGUAAAUCUAGUUGUUGUCCUUUAACACAAUUACAAUGUGUGCAAUUAAUGAAAUUGGCACCACUUUUUGAAACUGUUCAGAGUACCGAGGAUUUCAGAUUGCCCUUAUGCACAACUUCAGAUAGGACUGUUUUUCUCAUUAUUAAAGGGGUUCUUCUAAUUAGUGAAGCUCAUAAUUCUGUGGGUGAUGUUCACCCUAACAUUUUAAACUUGCUAGAUCGGCAGCACUUGGAGCGAAUUCCAAAGGUUUGGGGGCUUUCGGUGGUUCAGCUCGUUCACUUGCAAACACGCACCGAGGUGCCACUCAGAAAGUGCAAUACCACGUGUAAUAUAAAAUAUGCUGACAGUUGGUGUUAGAUUAGAAUAUAAGUAUAUAAUAGACUGUACUUUGUGCAGGCUGUACUGAUGAGGUAAUGAGUGGUUGGCUUCAUUAGGCAAAUUGUAAUAUAUUAAAAAGGUGCAAUCAAUUACAUUAUGAAAGACUUUGGGGAUUGUAAAGCCAAGGCUGUGGUGUUUCAGGACAAUUUCACAGUCAGGAUCCUGCAGCUGAUUACUGCACACAAGGACUCUUGAUGUUGUGGGGGAAAACCUGGGUUUGUGAACACUACAGAAGCUCCGAGAAUAGUAUGGGAAAUGUGAAGUUGUAUUUCCUUAGUUCUACUAAAUAUUUUGGAGUAGUCCAAUAGACUUCCCAUUACUCUUUUUAUUGACUGUUACAUAUUCCUUUUUGUUCAUAUGAAUAUUUUAACUCCUGCUAACCUUGGUUGUACUUUCUAGAGCAAAGUUACCCUUGUAUCUAUUACUUUGCAGUCAACACACACUAAUGGUUUAGCUCUUAAAACAUGGUUUAGUUUCAGUUAAAGUUUAGUUCACAAAAUCUGAAACCCUGUUGGCUGUCUCUCUUAUUUUAACUGAGUAAACCUGUUGCACAGACGUCACAUUAGGUGCUAUAUUAUCCUUAUUUAUCUGGUGUUGAAACAAUGCUUUACCUCGUUUAUCUAAGAGAUGGUCAGCUUUUUCCAGCCUGGAUGAAAAGAUCAGCUCAAAUUUAUUGGACGUUAUGAGCCCAACUUUCUUUUUACUUUGCCCCUUCCUAGCCCUUUACUUCUGUAAAUAUAAGUGUCUUUCAGUUCAAGCACACAGUGUUCUGCACCCUUUUUGCCCAGACAGAGGUAUGAGGAGUCAGGCUCUGUUUCCAGAAGUUACUGCAAUUAAACGUUGUGCUUAAGCUGUAGAAGUUAUUAUGAGAAUCAAAUAGUGAAAGAACGGAAACUUCAUAGGGAUGCAGACAUAAUACAAUUCAGGAUAAUUACAAAAAAAUUUAGAUAGAAGUUUUUUAAAAAGUAAGGGAAACUCAUGGGCUUUAAGCAGUUCUUACCAUAACCAGGAUGGGCAUUUGAAAAAUAUUAUGCUGGUGUUUCAGGAAAAAAACAAAUCCUUUUCUCAAAGUGUUCAGCCCUAAUUACUGUAUCCUGUUACGCCUGUUCUGUGCUGAUGUAAUUUCACUGCAGAUAGUGGAUGUUCUGUUUGCUUACUCUGCUGUAAAUGAGAGGACCUCAUCUGCUCACAGUAGCAGAAAUAAGAUCUGCUUACAGACCAUGAAAGCACCUGCCACUGAGUUCUAGAUUUUUACAGAGAUAGCUUGGAAUUUGGCCUUUUUUUUUAUCUAUUCCCACCUCAUGGAGAUUUGAAAAUGUUCCCUUUGUUCUGGAAAUCAGCUGCACAGAACACUAAAGUGAUUUGUUUUGAGAUUGAAUUGAAUCUGAACACCUUGCUUGUGCAGAGCUUCACUGUAAGACUGGCAGAGCAAGGAGCCCAGGACUGGGCCAUGUGUUUUGUCACAAAGCAAUUAGGAAAUGGAGUUUUAUCGAAACACAAAUUUAAAGCGAGUAACUUUUUCAACUGUGAAACUGCAUUUGACUUAAUGACAGAACAGGCUGCUGCUGCUCAGUUUUACUUAGAGUAACAUUCUUUGCUUUCUUAAAGGUAGCAGAAAAAGAACCUGUACUGACUUUAUGUACGCAUACUUCUCUGUUCUGAAAGGGUGCAUUAGUAGUUUUUUUCAUAGGUGAAACAUUUUCAGUAUAAGUUUUAAAAUUUUAAAAAAAGGCAUUUAAAUAAAACCAAAAUUGUAAGUGUUUUGGCAUCUCGUGGAGAAGAUAUGAGCCUGCAUAUUAAGGACAAUGUAGAAAUUACCAAGUUUGUAAGAACUUUGUAUGUGAUGACCCUGCUGGUGGUGGUUUGGCAAGUUGUUGGUGGGGUUUUAUGCCAACUUUCCUUUUUAUGUAAAAUAUUAAAUGCCCUUCAGUGAUCAGUAGCCCACAUUUGUCGACAAUUUGAAGGUAUUUUCUUUGCUUUGUCAUUAUAUAAUUGACAUGUUCCAGCGUCUGUUCUCAGUAGUAAUUAUGAAUUCCUCCUGUUUUGCAUGUCUGCACAGGUUGCAGACUUGGGCUGGACCCAUUCAAAAAACAAAUAUUAGAAAAGCCACUUGAAAUUACUAUUUUGUUGAUGUCAUUGACAUCUUGAAAAUGCUUCAAGUUAAUGAAAAUGGUGUGGUAUUACAGAAAGAAUUGUAACUUGCUGCUUCUGAGAUUUUCUUUUUUAAAUCUUUUCCUCUUGUUUUAGUUUUACUUGAAUGGAAGAACCACACUUGUUUUGUUUUUUUUUUUAAAUACUAUAUAGCUGUGGAUGUUGUUGCAGAUUGUUGAAUCCCAAUUUAAUUUUGCAAUACAUGUUUCAUACAAAUAAUGAAUUUGUAUCAUCUUUUUAUUUUGUGCUAAAAGUUGUCUCAGUUUAGGUGAGGCUCUAUCUGUCCAAAAUGAUGUGUAGCUCACCACCCCUGCAGCUGGUGUUGCUUUGGGUGUUUUUUUCUGUUUAGUUUUAUUUUUUUACAUCUGUGUUAAUGAAGAGAAGCCAUCUGGAAACUGGCUAUAGAAGUUCUUUACCUGCAUUCGCUGACCAAACCUAUAGGUGCUCUGCUCUUUGAGAAAUUCUGAGAAAUUUCCCUUUAAUGCUGAUACCACAUUGACUUCAUCGGAAUCGCUCUGGAUUCACAACAGCAUAUGAAGUCAGAAUUAGACUACAUGUAUAUUAGAGUUCCAGAUUAGUUAUUCUUAGGAUUCAGUAUGAAAGGUGUUCUCAUAAGGAGAGGAAUGUUUACUAGCAGCCCAGUUAAACACUUUACAAUUUUACUUUUUAAAUAGCCUCUAUCAAGUAGCCUUUCCCCUCCAAAACUACUGUAACCUUGUCUAUAGUUUGUUUCAUUCUUGAGACUUCCAGGAUUUUUGUUGCUUACCAGUUCAAAUGUUUCAUCUUCCUACUCUUUCAUAUCCUACAGACUUGUUGAACCCACACUCAGGAAAAAUCAUUGUUCUUAAUUGUCAGCAGGGUAUUCUUGACUUCUGAGCCUUAUGGGAUAGACUGAAAAGCUUGAGGUCUUAUUGUGAGCAUUCCUGACUCUAAGCCAGAGGUGAAUCCCUCUGUCUCUUCCCUUCAUUCUCCAACACCCCUUUCCCCUAAAAAAGGACACGCCCAUAGCAUAAGAACAUCAUACAAUGUUUGUAAGAGAUCAGUUGAAGCAAUGCCCUGCCUGUACUUGGAAGCUGGUGUCCCCACUGGUUUGCCUAAGUGUGUCUUAAGUGUCCUUACUGUCACUUCUGUACGUGAUGCAAUAUUCCUUUGGCAUAAGGAAGGCAAAAAAUAUGCUAUUCUGUCUUGAUUCUUUCUGAAAUUCUGUUGCCAGAUUCCCAAUAGUUGCAAUCUCAUUCUGCCUUGUCUCUUUAACUACUUUUAAUCUAUUUUCAGGCUCUAUUAAUAGUGUUCUAUAUCCUGAAUUAUCAACUGCCCCAGGCUGUCCAAAGUUGUCUUACUGUUUCAUUUGGGGCUGGGGAAAGAAAAGGAAUAGAUUAAUCCUCUUGUCUUACAGUGGCUGUGGUCCAAAUUCUUCAUCUUCUCUUGUGAAGAUAAAUGUGUAAUUCAUCAUCUGGGAGUAUCAUCCGUUCUCCUUGCCCCCUCACACCUCUUCAGGUUUUAUCUGUGAAUAUCUACAUUCACUUAUCAAAAUCUACUUCCCUGGUGGAGAAAAGGAUUUAAAAAAUCUAUGGCUGCAGUCUGAUGUCCUGAAUUCUCAGGCCUGAAAUUUUGGAAGUAUUGUUGUCAUUGCAAACCACAACUGUGGAAUUUUCACGGAAUCGUUGAGGUUGGCAAAGAGCUUUGGAGAUAAUUUACCCCAGCCACCCUGUUUGAGGCGGGGUCAACUCUAGAGCAGAUUGCCCAGGAUAUCACCCAGUUGGGUUUAGAGCCUAUCCAAGAAAGAAGAAUCCGCAGUCAAUUUUUUUCCCUUAUUGUUGUUAUGAAAUAUCUUCUGUUUCGCUGCCUGCUGCCCUUUCAGUGGGCAGCACUGAGAAGAGCCUUGCCUGUCUUUACUCCUCUCCAUCAAGUAUUUGUGUACAUUGACAAGAUGCCCCCUGAGCUUUCCCUUUGACCGGGAUAAACAAUCCCAGCUCUCUCAGCCUCAUUUCCCAUCCGUCAUCUUUGUAGCCCUUCACUGACCCAUUCCAGCACAUCCAUGUCAGGCUGGUACUGGGGACCCCAGUACUCGAGGUGUGGCCUCACCAGUGCUGAGCAGAGGGGCAGGAUGAAGGCUCAACUCCCUGGACCUGCUCUGCCAAAGGCAGCCCAGGAUCCUGUUGGCAUUUUGGGUAAAUAGAGCCCAGGAGGGUGUCACCUCUUGAUGCUUCUACGUAACUUCGUUGCAGCUGGCAGCCAGUUACGUGUCUGCAUCAAAAGGAGAGUAUAAACACCUCCCAGUGCUCGAAAUAUCUUUUAAAAAUGAGACAAUUACCUUUGAAAUAACCACUACUGGGGGUGGGGGGAGGGGGGGGGGGGUGUUGCCAUGUGUGUGUCAUUCUGUGAUGAAGGUCUGUGGUAAAGUAGGUAGAAAGCAAGACAUUUUUAGUAAUAAUGGGCCAAAAAGUAUUUAAGAUGCAGCAAAGAUGCAUGUGUUGUCAUACUGAGAAUAGUCUUGCAGUACUUUAAAUAAAAAAAAAAACAAACCACAAACCCUUUUUUACCCCUUCUGCUGUGCUACUCAAGUAACAAAAGUUUGGCCUAUGAUACUUAUUGUAGUUAUGUUCAUGGGAAACUGUAAAAAGUCUGCCUUUUAUUUAUCUUCGCGGUCUGUAUCAUGCUGUUUAUUAAAAAAAAAACUACUUUUGUUUGGUUUUUAUCACACUUUUGAGUGUUAAUGUAUAUACUAACAAUUAAAUUAAAAUGAUAUGGUUGGUA